AUGUACCUGAUCACUGUGCUUGGAAACCUGCUCAUCAUCCUGGCCAUCAGCUCAGACUCCCACCUCCACACACCCAUGUACUUCUUCCUCUCCAACCUGUCCUUGGUAGACAUCUGUUUCACCUCCACCACCGUCCCAAAGAUGCUUGUGAACAUCCAGACACAGAGCAAAGUCAUCACCUAUGCAGGCUGCAUCACACAGUUGUAUUUUUUCUUACUCUUUGCAGGACUGGAUGACUUCCUUCUAGCCGUGAUGGCCUAUGACAGGUAUGUGGCCAUCUGCCACCCCCUGCACUAUAUGGUCAUCAUGAACUCCCGGCUCUGUGGACUGCUGGUUCUGAUGUCCUGGAUCACGAUUGUCUCCUUAUUUUAUGUUACAAUCCUAGGAGUGUAUUUCAGCUCUGCUGCUACCCAUAACUCACAAUCAGGUGCAGCAGCCUCAGUGUUGUACACUGUGGUCACACCCAUGCUGAACCCCUUCAUCUACAGUCUCAGGAACAAAGACAUAAAGAGGGCCCUGAAAAGAUUCUUUGGGAUGGUAGAUACAAAGGGGACAAUCAUCUCAAGGUCAACAGUAUCCUUGAUUUUAGGGCUGUAUAACUAA